UCCACGCGCAACGUGACCCGCCGAAACCCAACGCUGGCCGUCUCAAAUGACGCGUGUAAUGCAUCGCGAAUUACAAUCGACGACGGCAUCAGCUAGACGAAUGACGCGAAAAGUUCGCGUGUUUCACCGGAAAAACCAAAACCAAUAUUGUCGUCGAAAACGCGCUUUCGUCACCUCGUCGACUUCGACAAACCCGAUUGAUUCAGCGAAUCGGCUGCGCGUUGGACGUCUUUUUGGAUUUUCCGUUGUUCUUUGUUUUUCAUCGUCCUAAGACAUCAAAAACAGGACACUUACAAACUUACAAACCGUUCGUCGGUACGAAGCGAUAGUUCAGCGACUUACAAGUAUCCGGACUCGAGUGGAUUGCUGUUUUGGAAAAAUGUGAUACAAGUGUCUCGUAGCGGCCAAUUGCAUAUCCCCAAAAGACAUACCAACGUGUCAUGGAUUUCGAGCAGCCCAGCAAACACACGGUGCACUGGUUCCGCAAAGGAUUGAGAUUGCACGAUAACCCGAGUCUUAGGGACGGUCUCAUUGGAGCCAAGACGUUCCGGUGUAUUUUCAUCCUGGACCCAUGGUUUGCCGGAGCGUCCAACGUGGGAAUUAACAAGUGGAGAUUCCUUUUGCAGUGUCUGGAAGAUUUGGACAACAGCUUGAAGGAAUUGAAUUCCAGACUUUUCGUGAUUAGAGGACAGCCGGCCGAAGCACUGCCAAAACUGUUCAAAAUGUGGCGCACGACGAAUUUUACAUUUGAAGAAGACCCCGAACCCUAUGGCCGAGUAAGGGAUGAAAACAUAACAGCCAUGUGCCGAGAAAUGGACAUAUCGGUGAUCACACGAGUGUCGCACACUCUCUAUAAGCUAGACAAAAUAAUCAACAUGAACGGCGGUAAAGCACCGUUGACAUAUCAUCUGUUCCAGAAACUAUUGGAAUACAUAGACCCACCGGACGAAGCCGUCCCGAAGGUCGACAAAGACUUCCUGGCCGAUGCCAUCACUCCAGUGGACUUCGAUCACGACGAUAAGUUUGGCGUGCCAACACUCGAAGAAUUAGGUUUCGAGGAUCCGGACACCAAAGCACGGUACAUUUGGAAAGGCGGAGAGACGGAGGCGCUGAUACGGUUGCAACGUCACCUGGAAAGGAAGGCAUACAUAGCGUCGUACGGCAAACCCAAUAUGACUCCCCAGUCCCUGCUGGCAAGCCGGACGGGACUCACGCCAUACCUGAGAUUCGGCUGUCUGUCGACCAGGUUGUUUUUCUCCGAGCUCAACAAUCUCUACAGAAAGGUGACGACUGAUGGCUCUCUGUCCACAAUGCGCCUCGUGCCAAGUCCCGACCUAAGUCCCCGGAUUCGCAAGGCUCGGCCACCCCUCUCGCUGCACGGUCAACUGUUGUGGCGAGAUUUCUUCUACUGCGCGUCUACCAACAAUCCGAAUUUCGAUAAGAUGAUCGACAACCCCAUUUGCGUGCAAAUCCCGUGGAACAGCAAUAUCCAGGCCUUAUCCAAAUGGGCAAACGGCCAAACCGGUUACCCGUGGAUCGACGCCAUUAUGAUCCAACUCAGAAAAGAAGGCUGGAUACAUUGUAUAGCUAGACACGCCGUGGCGUGUUUCCUCACCCGGGGCGACAUGUGGUUAUCUUGGGAAGAAGGGAUGAAAGUGUUCGAAGAGCUGUUGUUGGACGCGGACUGGUCGGUUAACGCGGGCUCCUGGAUGUGGUACUCGUGCUCUUCGUUCUUCCAGGAGUUCAUCCACUGUUACUGUCCUGUACGGUUCGGCCGCAAAGCAGAUCCCAAUGGCGACUACAUAAGGAGGUACAUUCCAGUUUUAAAAAAUAUACCAAACAGAUACAUACACGAGCCGUGGCUCGCACCGCAGUCUGUACAAAUAGCGGCCAACUGCGUGAUCGGAAACGAUUACCCGCUCCCCAUUGUCAACCACGUGGUGGCUUCGAAAAUCAAUCUGGAACGCAUGAAGCUGGCCUAUCAACAGUUGUCCAACUGUCAGCCUCGGUUGGAAAACGGCAAACUAAUUCUGAUCACCAACACGACGUCGUAUUGCGGCAAAGGGUUACAACAAUAGCCGGUGUCCAGUGUAAAUUCGGUAAAAUGACUGCCCGAGAAAACUGCAACAUUUUGUCAAUAGUCGGAAUAUAUUUUAGCGUUAUUAUAUU